GAUGCCAGUGCCCAGCCAGCGUGGGUCUGAACUGCUUCCAGAGCCGAACGCCUUCCACUUUGCCACUUUCUUCGGAAAUCUCACUCCUGAGGGAAGGGAACACAUGCUCCUCUCAACUGCCUGACAGCCGCCCCCCGCUUCGGGGUUUCAGAGAAGAGAAAUUCCUGAAUCCAAAGUUGGGAGCCACUUUUCCAGAAUGAUAACACGGCUCACGUGGCUUUUUCUCCCGUCCUUGCUGCAAGCCUUCGAAAGACCGGAGAUAUUCCCCCGCAACGGAAGCGUCGAAGGCACCUUGGAGUUCCCCAACAUCUCGGCAGCCUUCUCCUGGAACAAUCACACCUUUUCGGCCUGGCAGAACCUAGUGGACCGGAAGAGGCAGGAGGCCGACCCUCAAAAUCCCGCAGUGAAAGUGCUCCUGAUCGUAGCGUACUCCUUCAUCAUCGUCUUCUCCCUGUUCGGAAACGUCCUGGUCUGCCACGUUGUGAUCAAAAACAAAAGAAUGCACUCCGCGACCAGCCUUUUCAUCGUCAAUCUGGCCGUAGCCGACCUCAUGAUAACCCUCCUCAACACCCCCUUCACUUUGGUGCGCUUUGUGAAGAGCACCUGGUUCUUCGGGAAGGGCAUGUGCCACGUCAGCCGGUUCGCCCAGUACUGUUCCCUCCAUGUCUCGGCCCUGACCCUGACAGCGAUCGCCCUGGACAGACACCAGGUCAUUAUGCAUCCGCUGAAACCCCGGAUGUCCACCGCCAAAGGCGUUGUCUACAUUGCAGUCAUUUGGAUCAUGGCAACCUGUUUCUCCCUCCCUCAUGCUAUCUAUCAAAAAUUAAUUUUCCUCAAGAACAGAGGACACGUGUUCAGAAGCUCGUGCAUCCCCCAUUUCCCCGAGCCGGCCGACCUCUUCUGGAAGUACCUGGACCUGUCCACCUUCGUCCUGCUCUACCUGUUGCCCCUUCUCAUCAUCUCCGUCGCCUACGCCGUGGUGGCCAAGAAGCUCUGGCUGCGUAACGCCAUCGGGGACGUGACCACGGAACAAUACUACGCCCUGCGCCGCAAGAAGAAGAAGACCAUCAAGAUGCUGGUACUGGUGGUGGUCCUCUUCGCCAUCUGCUGGCUCCCCCUCAACUGCUAUGUCAUCCUCCUGUCCAGCAAAACUACCAACACCAACAACGCCAUGUACCUCGCCUUCCACUGGUUCGCCAUGAGCAGCACCUGCUACAACCCCUUCAUCUACUGCUGGCUCAAUGACAACUUCAGGGCGGAGCUCAAAGCCCUCCUGAGCAUGUGCAAGAAGCCCCCCGGCCCCCGGGAGUGCAGGCUCCCGUCCCCCCUCCUGUCGUACCGGGCGGCUUGGCCCGAGAACGGCAACUUCAAGCGGUCCCAGGUCUCUGAUAAUCUCCCGUCCACCUCAAACGUCCGUUCGGGAAAGACGGACAUCUCCUCCGUGGAGCCUAUAGUGGCUGUGAGUUAAGGGAGAGGGAGGAGACCCGUGGAAAUGGACGGAGGAGGAAGGGAGUUGCCCCGGGCAAUGGGGAUGGGGGCGGAGGGCGACAGAGAUGUAUGACGGUCCAGCGAGGCACCCAAACCUACACCGGACGGGACCCAGCGUGGGUGGAGGAAUUCCCCAAGAUCGUCCAGGGGUGAGGCACAAUCCUUAUGAGAUCCCCAAAUCCCCAGGUGGGAAGCCACCUGCCCACGGGAGAGACGUGCCGGUCCCCGGGGCGGGCGACCUAACCCAGCCAGAUUUGAGGCUCAAAAACCCAGUUUUCCUCCACACCCAAAGCUGGGCAUUGAAGAUGAGGGGUCACUCUGGGAGGGUUAGGUUUAUACUGCUUUCUGCGGGUUCUGGGAGUCCCAAGCUGCCAGGGAGGAAGGCGUGUUCGUCGGUCCGAAGUUGGCUUUCCGGACCUGCUGAGCGGUGAAGGAGUAGGAGACGUAUAGCCGUCGGCACUACAGGCUGAGUGGGGGGUUUCUCUCUAAACCAUCCGCAAGCCCAAACCUUUCCACGGUUUUCCGUCGUUCACUCCGCUUUAUAAUCCCGAAUGAUCCUAAUUCGUAUUUCAGGAAGCUAGAGGAGAUCCGGAUGACAUGGAGAGCGCUAAUCAGAGGACUAUCUGGAAUGAGAACAGAACUGGGCUCUGAGCAGACAGGAAGACAGGAAACUUCCUCCCUUCUGUGAGUAGAGGCCUAAGCGAGUUUUGUCUUGUAAAGUCAGAAAAAAAUGGGAGCCGUUAAAGAUAAGGGGAUCGGGGAGAUGCCUUUUCAGGAUUAGAUCUUCCUGUGAGGGUGAGGGACUCAGGACAGGAGGUGUUUGGCAUAGUGGAUGGAGCACAGGUCUUAGAGUAAGAAGGUCAUGGGUU